AUGGAAGCCUUGUGUUUAAGAGUUUCCUUGCUGCUGCUGGUCCCGGGAUUUGUCCUCAGUGACAGCUCUGACAGAGACGUUUCCAAUCGGAGUGACUCGGGAAACCCCCUUUCCACCUUCUCAGGGAUUGAAUCCAGCAUUCUCCUCACCACCAUACAGCCCCCGGUGUCCAACCAGACUGUCAAAUGUUCCCAGCAGACUAAGAUUGCUGAAACUUUCAAAUACAUUAACACCGUGGUAUCCUGUGCUAUUUUCAUCAUUGGGAUGGUUGGGAAUGCAACUCUGCUGAGGAUCAUUUACCAGAACAAGUGUAUGAGGAACGGCCCGAAUGCACUGAUAGCCAGCCUGGCACUGGGAGACCUCAUUUACAUUGUCAUUGACAUCCCCAUCAUCGUGUACAAGCUCCUCGCUCAGAAGUGGCCUUUUGGAAAUACAGAAUUUGGACAGUUUCUUUGCAAAUUCCUUCCCUUUAUCCAGAAGGCAUCAGUGGGAAUCACAGUCCUUAACCUGUGUGCCCUUAGUGUGGACAGGUACAGAGCAGUUGCAUCCUGGAGCCGUGUUCAGGGGAUUGGAAUCCCGAUGAUCACUGCUAUUGAAAUUUUCUCCAUUUGGCUUCUGUCCUUCAUACUGGCCAUCCCAGAAGCAAUUGGCUUUGCCGUGGUACCUUUCAGAUACAAGGAUGCAAGUUACGUUACCUGCAUGCUCAAACCUACAAACGAUUUCAUGUUGUUUUACAAAGAUGCAAAGGAUUGGUGGCUGUUUGGUUUCUAUUUCUGCAUGCCACUGGCAUGUACUGCCAUUUUUUAUACUCUAAUGACUUGUGAAAUGUUAAACAGAAGAAACAGCAACUUGAGAAUUGCUCUCAGUGAACACCUGAAGCAGCGCCGAGAAGUUGCCAAGACAGUUUUCUGUUUAGUCGUGAUUUUUGCUCUUUGCUGGUUCCCUCUCCAUCUAAGCCGGAUUUUGAAGAAAAUGGUAUACAAUGAAAAAGACCCCAGCAGAUGUGAACUGCUCAGUUUCUUGCUGCCCUUGGAUUACAUCAGCAUCAACCUGGCAACCAUGAACUCUUGUAUAAACCCCAUAGCUCUGUAUUUUGUGAGCAAGAAGUUUAAAAACUGUUUCCAGUCAUGUCUUUGCUGUUGCUGCUCCCAGUCUAAGAGUUUGGUGACUUCAGUGCCCAUGAAUGGAACAAGCAUUCAAUGGAAAAACCAAGAACUAAACAAUCACAAUACAGACCGAAGCAGCCAUAAAGACAGCAUAAACUGA